AUGGACGACUUUGACCCCGAUUCAGAGGAGGACGUCGCCGGGCUGCAAAGUCAAUGGUGGGUUGUGUUUUGUAACCUAGUAUCUGCGCGCAAUCCGGACGUGAACGUGACCACUAUAUCGCAUGUCACCGAAGAUGGUCGAACGGAGCUGCAACGGCUGUUGCUGGGGACGCAUGUGGCCAACGUGACUCCGACCACGGACGAUCCCGAUCCUGCUACGAUGCCUCCCCAUCCGAUCACCAAACCAGUGCCGCCUCCGAGCCCGUCAUUAAGGUUUCUGCCUGCCGCGGCGCGCUCCACCAACAGAGCACAAAGAGAGCCUCAUCAAAUUCCGGGGGCAUUCUUCAUCUUUGCAGAUCUUUCGGUGCGCAAAGCUGGCGAAUACCGCCUCAGCUUCGUGCUCAUGAAGCUAGCAACCGGCAAGCUGGUGCCGGGGGAGUGUGUGCCACAUACCGACCGAGCAGUCAGCCAGGUGUUCAGAGUGGUCAAUGCCAAAGACUUUGAUCAAGUUCAACCUAGCACCAAUUUGGUCAGGGGAUUAUUGGAACGGGGCGCAGGUUUUCCGUUGAAAUUGAAAAAGGGCACACGGGAAGGACAAAGGCGCAGGAGGCGCCAGUCUGAGCAGGACAGUGACGACGACUCGAAUCUUGACGACAACUAUGAGUGA